GAUAAUCUGAAUGUGUUCAAUGCCUGUUUGAGUUGUGGCGUCACAGAUGAAGGUUUUGCUGCUCUGGCUUCAGCUCUGAGAUCAAACCUCUCACACCUGAGACAACUGAAUCUAUCUGGGAAUGAACUAGGAAAAUUAGUGAAUGCUCUCCGAUGCACUACAAAAUCCUCACUGUAAACUGGAGAUACUGUGGUUGAAAUAUUGUGGCAUCACAGAUGAAGGUUGUGCUGCUCUGGCUUCAGCUCUGAGAUCAAACCCCUCACACCUGAGAGAUUUGGAUCUGACUGGGAAUGAACUAGGAGAUUUGGGUGUGAAGCUUCUCUGUGCUGUAUUGGAGGAUCCUCACUGUAAACUGGAGAUACUGUGGUUGUGUUAUUGUGGCGUCACAGAUGAAGGUUGUGCUGCUCUGGCUUCAGCUCUGAGAUCAAACCCUCACACCUAA